AUGUCUUUCGGAUGCCUGUCCCCCGUCCCUGCAGCAGAAGUGGCGCGGUUGAGGCUGUGCCGAUGCCGGAGCUCGCGAAUUGUUUACGGCUUUCUUAGUGAGCGGAAUGUGGCUCUGUCAAAGCUGCGCGUGCCAGUACUUGCCGCAGUUUCGUCAGGUCGUGAGGGCAGCCAUUCGGGUCGAAGAUUUAGCCGUUUUGGGGGCAUGAAAGCCGCUAGCAUAGCUUCAGUGUUGGCGGGAAUCAGCUUCAGCACCUGGAGCGUGUGGAAGUCGGCCUCGGACAACUGGGCUCUUCCCCGUGGCACAGGUCUUCCUGAUGCUCCUGGCACCUCUCACACUCACGCAAGCGUGGGCAGUUAUGAGGCUGAGGAUGGCAUCCUGGCAGGACAGGUCGCGGUGGUGACAUGUGGUGCAGCGUCCUCUCACGUGACUUAUGUGGUAAGUGGUAUACGCAAUGGCCCAGACAACAGCGUCACGCUGACAGUCCGCGCAGGAGUACCAGGCAUCCCGCGCUUGUUUCAGAGAUGCAUUCACCACAUGAUGAUCCGCUACAUGAGCCCGAACGAGCGCAACCUGACGAUUCGAGAAGACGAGGAGUCUCCGCUGUGCUUUCCAAUGUACUCGUUCCGUGUUUUACAGCUGGCCGUGCGUCAUCUCCUUCACAACAUGAAGUAUGUGCCGCUUGAUGCAACUACAGAGGGUGCCUGGGUCAAUCUCCGGCGCCUAUCGGUCAAGGACUUCACCUCCAAACCCUUGUCGUUCUGGUACGAUUACUUCCCAUGCCCACAGUUAGAGCACCAGUCCGCUGGCGAGCAGAGCAACUUGGCCCAUGCCAUCAGUAGCAUCCCAGCCUAUGUGGCCAGGAGCAGUUUUUUCUUGGCACUUUGCCCUGUCAUUGACAGCCCAUCCCAGGGCAGGUAUUUUCCGCAAGCACAUGGGCAACAAGGGGAUGGAUUGUCUACCAACCCCCAGCCAGAGAUGCUCCAAGACUUUGCAGAAGUCGGCUUCGAGCCUCGCUUCAGUGGCUCGCUGGUAGCGCACUUCCUUUACGAGAAUGGCUUCGAAAGCGCUCAAACCGCCGACGCUGCAGGCUUCACACCGCUUCACUACGCUUCAGUGCUAGGAGACCCUGCACUGGUGAGAGACUUGCUGAGGGAGCGGGCGGACAUCCACAGGCUUGGCCGGCCUGCGUUUUCGCGAGCCCUGUUCGCCUCCGCGAAUUUGGCUGUCGGCUGCAGCCCGCGCACUGUUCAGUAUUUGCUCGAGCUUCAAGCUGACGUGGACUUCCAAUUCGACUUUAACUAUAUGCGUGUUGCAGCCCGUGCAAACCGUGCAUUGGAGGUGGCUCGGGUGGCCUCACUGGCGAUGCAGUCCAGUGACAGCGAUCAUGGCCGUGAUAAGGCUGGUGUGGCUGCUGAUGAUGAGGAAAAUUACAGAUACGUCGAGUAUGAUGACGGAUACGUCGAGGCACAAAACUUCACAAACCUAUCGGACCUCAUAGUCUGGACCGAGUACCAAUGGCAGGAUCCCACCAACAAGCAGCUGGUGUUCGGAGAGUGGUGCUGUCUAUCCGAUCUAUCCGAUAAGAGGAUUGCGAAGUUCAAGCUCAGGGAUACAUUGACUGAAGGCACGAAUGGCAUCACGUUUCAAGCUCCGGUAAAGGAGGAGGAGAAUCAAAUGUUUUUCUUACGUGGCGAGCAGCGUGCAUACUGUAUCAUGGACAACACUUUCGUGAAAAUGGUGUGCAUCGUCGUCGAAGGACCCAUCAUUGACCGGAUCGUGCUGGAGAAGCAGAAUUUCAAGAAGGGAUUUGCAGAUGGAAAUGUCAGCUCUGAAAAGGACCGGAACUCACUGAUGCUGAGGUACGUAUCAUGGUACUUCCGUUUCAUGCCUGAUGAGCCACAGUCCAGCCUCCAGUGGGCGAGAGACAACAACAUCGAAUUUGUGCCUAUGCUUGGCUACGACGGAGUGCGAACGCUCAGCGGGCGGGAGUGUGCGUUUCUGCCACGCAAGCCAAGUCCGAAAUGCACCUAUGACGAAGUCCGAGACCUCGUGGCUUCCAAUGAUCGGGACCGAAUGCGAUACAUCUUCGGUACAAACGAAGGAUGGAACGAACAUGAUUCCAACAUCACUCCUGCAGAGGCGUUAGGCAUUUGGACUACAUACACACAGCCAGUAUCUCAAGAGCUGGGUCUCAAGUUGUUGGCACCGAAUGUGGGAAAGAGCAAAGUGCAACUUGAUUGGUUCGAGGACUUUCUGAAACAAUGCUGGGACACUUCAGCCUGUGAUGUAGACCUCAUCAAAGGUGUGGUGGUGCAUGAGUACGACUGCCGGGAGUCUUACUGGGUCGAGAACUACGACGAAAGUCGGGGUUUCUUCUUCGCAGACUUGCUGCGCCGGUUAGGCUCAUAUGGAGGUAAAGACUGGUCUUCUUGGCUCAGCUCGCAGGAGAUUUGGGUUUCGGAGACAAGUUGCUUUUGGGAAGACGAGCAGGCGCAUCCCAACUCCGUGGAGCAUUGCAAGUCAAUCACCAGUCAGAAAGCAGCUAGUCACGGGAUGGGUUCACUGCAAUGGUUGCAGAAAAACGCUCGGAUCACGCGAUAUGCGUGGUGGACAGUGGUCUUCACAGAUCCAGCUAUGGCCCAGUCCUACAUGUUGGACACUGGCUUGCGACGGAUUACGCCAGCAGGCGCAGCUGUCAUGAACCCAGAACACUGGACGGAUUCCAAGGAUCGCGCUGCUUAUGAUGAGCAGCUCUGCCUGAAGGCCAGGCAGCUCUAUGCUGAGGAUUAUGAGCUGUUCCGAUUUCCCCGGCCGACAUGCUUGCGAGAUGCUCCUCACGUGACAUGGCCCGCUCUGUAA